GGAGGAGGAGGAGGAGGAGGGGCGGGUGGAGGAGGAGGAUCGGCAGACAUUGGAUCAACACUGGCGCAGGUAUGGCCCUGCAGCAAACCGGAAUUGUGGGAACGGGGAAUGAGAAAGGCAGCCUUGAUGGGGAAUGGAGAACACCGGUUUCCUUUGCUUCACUUUACUUCUGCGAGUGAUCGACACGAUUACACUGCCGCCUGUGGUGUGUUUCAAGCAUCCUUCUAUGCAGCCUUCCAGCCUGUUUUGUUUUGUGAGAUGCCGCCGGAUGCAGAGUGCUGGUAUUUCUUGUUUUUUUUGCUUUGCUUUGCGUUGCGCUGCUCUGUAUCACCACUAUGCUACCAUACCGUACCGUACUAUACCCUGUUUUUCUUUUUGUUCUUUCUUCUGUCUGUACACGGGUGUAAGGGUAAGUGGUGUACCUUCUUAAGCGCCAUUUCGCGGUGGUGGUGCAUCACUUACCCUCACACCCGAGUACUCAACAUGGCCUCUAGCCUUUCUUUUCAUUUCUUUUCUCGCCUUUUUUUUCACUACUCUACCAUAGAUUGGUCGGUCGGUCGGUGGGGCGGUGGGCGCUGGGUGGGGGAGUAA